GAUCUCCCGCUUGUGAUGGUGGGGGAGCCGGCGAAGCGGCUGGCGCGGCGGGUCAUGAGGAGGCCGCUGGAGAAGGGCGGGGUGGCGGGGCUCGCGGCGGCGGCGGCGGCCGCCGUCGCGCUCGUGCUGCUCGUCUGCGCCGCCUCGCUGCGCUGCUCCGUGGCCGUCGACUACGCGCUGGCCGCGCCCAGGAAGCUCUGGAGCGGCGGGGUCUCCAUCGCCGCCGAGGCCUCACCAUCAGAGAAGCCGGCGCGCGGAGGCGCUGCGCCUUCGGCCGCGGCCGCAGCGGCGGUCCCGGGGGAGGAGGAGGAGUGCGACCUGUUCGACGGGAAGUGGGUCUGGGACGACGCCUACCCGCUCUACGACUCCAGGGACUGCCCCUUCCUCGACCCCGGCUUCCGCUGCUCCGAGAACGGCCGCCCCGACGCCUCCUACUCCAAAUGGCGAUGGCAGCCGUCGCGCUGCGAUCUCGCCAGAUUUGAUGCCAAACUUAUGCUCGAGAAGCUACGGAACAGAAGAGUAGUAUUCGUUGGUGAUUCAAUUGGAAGGAACCAAUGGGAGUCUCUACUUUGUCUGCUCUCUAGUGCUGUUCCUGACAAGAGCUCCAUCUUUGAAAUCAAUGGGAGUCCCAUCACAAAGCACAUGGGUUUCUUGAUUUUCAAAUUUAGAGACUAUAAUUGCACUGUGGAGUAUUACAGAUCCCCUUUCAUAGUCCUUCAAGGCCGUGCACCAGCUGGAGCCCCUAAGGUUGUCAAGUACACAAUUAAGGUGGAUGCCAUGGAUUGGAUGUCUGGCCGGGGUAGGUGGAGGGAUGCUGAUAUUUUGAUCUUUAACACUGGGCAUUGGUGGAACUACGAGAAAACAAUCAGAGGGGGUGCCUACUUCCAAGAAGGAAAUAAGGUGAAGAUGGAGAUGACUGUUCAUGAUGCAUACGAAAGAUCAAUACAAACACUAUUCAAUUGGCUUCACAAAGAAGUUAACACAAGCAAGACCCAUGUCAUGUUCCGUACAUAUGCUCCUGUGCACUUCAGAGGCGGCGACUGGAAGACUGGAGGGAGUUGCCACUUGGAAACACUUCCAGACGCGACACCGUUUAAAUCACUGGAGGAAUGGGCAGACCAGCUUCAACCUGUGCACAAUAUUCUUGGGAGCAGCAUCAGACCCAAGUUGCCUGGGUUAGCUAUACUGAAUGUGACACAGAUGACAGCGCAACGAAAAGACGGCCACCUCUCAGUAUACAUAAGCCCUUCAGGACCUGUCCCUCGCAACAAACAGGAUUGCAGCCAUUGGUGCUUGCCUGGAGUCCCUGAUAAUUGGAAUGAGCUUCUCUACGCCGUCUUCAUGAAAAGGCAAACGAUGAUAAACCAGAAUGUUUCCCUUGCUGGCUCAAGAACACUGAACACCGGUUGACUAAACAGAUGGAGUAGGCUUGCCCAGUGAAGCUUGGAAUCUAUGUCCGGCGGGUAGGUCAUCGUGAAAAAAGCAAAGAUUCGUGAUUCUCCUGCAUGAUAGCGCUGUCGAUCUGCUUCCCAAUUAGGUAGCCCAAUGGCGAAAAACAUUUUUGCAAGAUAGGGGUUGUGGUUUGCAGUAAGCUGCACCACUCUGCUAUGCUGUGUGCUGAGAGGUUAGGGAGUAUAAGAGCAAAAUUAAAGAAAUGCAUAUAGCUUACUGUGAUGUGUAUGUUUCACAGAGGCGGCAAAAGUGUCGGCCGACGUGAUCAUAGCUUAGGGGCUGCAGUCAGUGAUGUAAGUAGUAGAUUGGGUGCUGUGAUAUUGGCGGUGUUACCGUGGCAAUUGUAUGUAAUUCAGGAAUUUGUCUCCCUGAUGGGUAUAUUCUCAGUUGCUCCAGCAGUUUGUUUGGCCUA